AUGAGUAGGAACGUCACUGGUGGACCUCCUUUCUUACAUAAGCUUAUAGUUGGAACAGUAGCUGUUGCUGUAGGUGUAUACGCUGCUUGGGAUGCUCUGAAAGAUUUUGAAUUGGUCAAAUACACUCCCUUUUCAGAGGAAGAAGUGCUCAAGAGACAACAGGAAAAGAAAGGCUUAAAAAUAACGCACCUUGAUACUAGGACUUUGGAUUAUACCCCGGAAGCAAAAGAAAGGUUAAGGAAGGUAGCUGAAGAGGAAAAGUUGAAGGCUCAAGCGGACAAAUAA